AUGGGUCAAAGAGAGGAGAUAGAGCUUAAGUUCAGGAUUUAUGAUGGGACAGAUAUAGGACACCAUUCUUAUGCACCAUCUAUGACAGUAGCAAAUCUCAAGAAAAGGCUACUUGCUGAGUGGCCUCAAGCGAAAACAGUGACACCCAAGUCUGCAAAUGAAGUAAAACUCAUACAUAGUGGCAGAAUUUUAGAGAAUAACAAAACACUUGCUGAUUCCAGAAUAACCUCUGCUAACCAGCCUGGUGGUGGGGCUGUAAUCAUGCAUGCAGUAGUGCAGCCCCUUGUACCCAAACAAAAGAAGACAGGGGACUACUCUUGUUGUGUCAAACCUUAUACGAAAACUUCAAUUGUGGACAAGGCCAAUCCUAGGUUUCUAAUACACAUGCUAAAGUAA